CGCGGGACUGAGAGAGGGGGGUUUCUUGUUCUUCACAAACACUGCGUCUGUCCUCAGUUCAUUACUGUGAACUUCCGGACAUCGAGAGUCGUUUCUUGUUCUUCACAAACACUUUGUCCCUCCGCCGGAGAAAUUAAUAGCAGGGUGAGUAGAGAGAGAUCGAUUUCGUGGAAGAAGAAUUAGCGCAAGCAAAAAAUGGACGAAUCUUUCUUGCUGAUGCUAUCAAACCUCCUCCACCUCCACAACUCACUUGACCCGACCACCUCCCUCAUCUUCACCACCUCCACCGCCGCCAUCACCACUGGUACGUCCUCCCCUCUUCAAUCUCCUUCCUCUCCAACCUCUCUUCUCUCCUCCUCCUCUCCCGCUCCACUCCUCUUCCUCACCCUCGCGGCUCUCCUAUCCUUCCUUGCCUCCUCCAAAACCCCCAAAUCAAAGUCCCCUUCGCCUCCCCAAUCUCCUGAUAACUCUGGCACCCCUUACUCCGUCUCCGCAUUUCGUGCUCUCUCCACGGAUCACAUCUGGUCCCUCGACCCUCCUCUUCGCGACGCCCAAUGGAGGUCCCUCUAUGGACUCUCUUACCCUGUCUUCACUACCGUUGUUGAAAAGCUCAAGCCCUUCAUUGCCGCUUCCAAUCUCUCCCUCCCAUCCGAUUAUGCCGUCGCGAUGGUUCUCUCGCGGCUUGCUCACGGUUACUCCUCCAAAACCCUAGCUUCUCGAUACUCUCUGGAGCCCUAUUUGAUAUCCAAGAUCACGAACAUGGUUACUCGCUUAUUGGCCACCAAGUUGUAUGCUGAGUUCGUCAAGAUUCCUGUUAGUCGUAGUCGUUUGAUUGAAACGACGCAGGCAUUUGAAGAGCUCACUUCGCUGCCUAACAUCUGUGGUGCCAUUGAUGGGAGCCCCAUCAAGAUCCAUAAUUUGAGGCAAUCGUCAGAUCAAAUGAAUAAUUCGUAUAGGUGCAAAUAUGGGUAUAAUUCGGUUUUGAUGCAGGUUGUGGCUGAUCAUAAGAAGAUAUUCUGGGAUGUGUGCGUGAAGGCGCCUGGUGGUGCCAGCGAUGCUGCGCAUUUGAGGGAUAGCUUGUUGUACAACAGGUUGAUUUCAGGUGAUGUUGUGUGGGAUAAGGUGAUCAAUGUGAGGGGACACCAUGUGAGGCCUUACAUAGUUGGGGAUUGGUCUUACCCUUUGUUGUCAUUCUUGAUGACACCCUUUUCGCCCAACGGGAUGGGGACACCAGCACAGAACUUGUUUGAUGGGAUGUUGAUGAAAGGUCGGUCUGUAGUGGUGGAGUCGAUUGGGUUGUUGAAGAGGAGGUGGAAGAUUCUGCAGGAUUUGAAUGUGGAUCUUAAUCAUGCACCACAGACUAUUGUUGCUUGUUGUGUGUUGCAUAACUUGUGCCAGAUUGCAAAGGAGCCAGAGCCGGAGCCUUGGAAGGAGCCCGAUGAGGGUGGACCUAUUCCAAGGGUUAUGGAGACUGAGAAGUCGUUUCAUUAUUACGGGGAAAGUUUGAGGCAGUCUUUGGCUGAUGAUCUGCACCAAAGGCUUUCGUUGAGAUAGGAUCUUCUUGCUCAUUGUCAAUUCAUCUGUCUUUUAUUUAGUGAAGUUGUUAUAUGGCGAAUGGAGGAACCUGAAUUGGUGAUUUGACCUUGUAAUUGUUUUGAAAGCCAGCUUAGUUAUGAGACCAGGAACAGGUAUGACUUUGAGAGAAUGGCAUUGCCUAAUUUUCAUAGCUCUUGGGCAUUUUUCAUCUUAUCUCUGCCAUAUAGAAGUGACUGAUGGCCUUGCAUGAUAAAAGGGUUUACUCUGUACUUGUAGUCAGAAGAACUGACCAGCAAAUGGAAUAACAGCAUGUAGUCAGUCCUAAGAGUGAAUUUCUAGCAUUUCUUAUAAUAAAAAGCAGGUGCUGACAAGCGCCAUAUUUACUU